AUGCAGGCCAGAUCAGCAGGGUCGACGCGGGCGUUGCCCUUUGUCUUCUGGGAUGCGCCCCUUCGGCGAGGGACUCGCAGUGUCAUGCGUCGGUUGCGGUUGCCGGGGCCCGUGCGUGCGUCGUCUUCAUCAGAGUCUGAGUUUGAGGGCGUCGGCGGCGACGAGGCGGUGCAGACAGCGCUGGAGGAGCAGCUACGGCUGCAGCUCACGAGCGAGGUGAUAAAGGAAAGCAUCAAGGACGACUUGCGCUCCAAAGUUGAGGACAUCAAGCAGAUCGGCGAGGAGCUCCACGCCGAGCUUGAUGAGGGCUACCGAAUUGAGAGGUUUCGCAACGAGCUCGAGACGCAGGAGACCCUGUCUACGGCCAUGUCAAAGUUCAACGAGCUGGAGGAUGAGAUCGCGGCCAUGAAGCAGCAGCUGGAGGCUGACAGGGAGGACCUGGCGGCGUGGGAGCGCGCUUCAGCCACGGCGCGCAGCAAGGGGCUCUUCUUCAAGACACUGUACGCGCCAGAGGCGGACGCAGCCGCAGCGGCGGCUCAGCAGCAGCGGGGCGGAGGCGGCAGCGGUGCGCGGCAGCCGGAGGGCGCGGCCGGCCGCUUUGCGGGUCAGGUGCGGGGCUCUCUAGACCCAGAGGCGGCGGAGGCGGCGCGGCUGGCCGCGGCCAAGGUGCGGACGCCAGCUGAGCGGGAGGUGGGCAGCCCCCUGCGGCUGUGGCUGUUUGCCUACAUGGCGGGCGUACUGGCGCUGGUGGUGGGGCAAGACCUGAUGACAGCUCAGCCCUCUGUGGGGCAUGACGCGCUGUAUGGUGUUCUGGCCUUGGUGCUCGGCUUCAACGCGUGGAACGAGAGGCAGGUGCUGCUGAUCGGGCACAGCAGUGAGGUCGAGGAGGAGAGACAGCGGCGGCAACGGCAACAGCAGCAACAACAGCAACAACAGCAGCAGCAGGAGAAGUGA